GCUGUCACAACAACACUUCGCCAUUUCACGUUAAGGGGGGCCGUAAUUCCCGCGGAGGAAUUGGGUCAACUGAGCGGAGGUGCCGAGCUCCGGCCGUCUCUUCACUGAAAACGUCUCUGACCUCCCCCCCAUCGUCCGACGGCUCGGUUAUCGAUCUCCGAUGCGUGUUCUUCGGUUGGUGCGGAUGAGUUUUCCCGCCGUGGGUCCGGGCUGAAGCGUCACAUCGGUGGUCGGGAUAUUCCUGCUCACAGCUACCGUCAGGAAGCUAGCGGAGUGUAAACAACGAGGAUGAAGCGGAUGAAAGGAGGAGAGGAGGACAGCAACAGCUCCCCCAGUAUCAGCCCACCGGAGGCCUGCAAGAAGGUGCGGAAGCAGACGGGUGAGGAGUCGGAGGCAGUGGUGGCCAGUGGGUCACUAGACAGUGACUGGGCACGACUGCCUCAGGAACUCCUGCUGCACAUCUUCCAGUACCUUCCUCUGCUGGAUCGGGCUUAUGCCUCUCAGGUGUGCCGCCGGUGGAACCAGGCUUUCCACAUGCCCGAGCUGUGGAGAUGCUUCGAGUUUGAGCUUAACCAGCCAGCCAGCUCUUACCUGAAAGCCACACAUCCAGACCUCAUCAAACAGAUCAUAAAGAGGCACUCCAACCACCUGCAGUAUGUCAGCUUCAAGGUGGACAGUAGUACGGAGUCGGCAGAGGCAGCAUGUGACAUCCUUUCACAGUUGGUGAAUUGCUCACUGAAGACCUUGGGGCUCAUCUCUACAGCCAGGCCCAGUUUCAUGGAGGUUCCAAAGUCUCAUUUCAUCUCAGCUCUGACCGUGGUAUUUGUCAACUCCAAGUCAUUGUCUUCGCUGAAGAUUGACGACACGCCAGUGGAUGAUCCUUCUCUGAAGGUGCUGGUGGCCAACAACAGUGACACCCUGAAACUGCUGAAGAUGAGCAGCUGCCCCCACGUCUCCCCAGCAGGGAUCCUGUGUGUGGCAGACCAGUGUCACGGGCUGAGAGAGCUCGCACUUAACUACCACCUCUUGAGUGAUGAACUCCUGCUGGCCCUCUCCUCGGAGAAACACGUCCACCUGGAACACUUGAGGAUUGACGUCGUGAGUGAGAACCCCGGCCAGCACUUCCACACCAUCAAGAAGAGCAGCUGGGACGCCAUGGUGCGACACUCACCCAAAUUCAACCUGGUGAUGUACUUCUUCCUCUAUGAGGACGAGUUCGGCCCUUUCUUUAACGAGGAGAUCCCCGUCACUCACCUCUACUUUGGUCGCUCGGUCAGUAAGGAGGUCUUGGGCCGCGUUGGCCUCCACUGCCCUCGUCUUGUGGAGCUGGUGGUGUGCGCCAACGGCCUGCGUCCUCUGGAUGAGGAGCUGAUCCGCAUCGCAAAGCACUGCACUCAGCUGUCAGCCAUUGGUUUGGGCGAGUGCGAGGUGUCCUGCAGCGCGUUUGUGGAGUUCGUCAAGAUGUGUGGCCGGAGGCUUUCACAGUUGUCCAUCAUGGAGGAGGUGCUGAUUCCAGAUCACAAAUACUCCCUGGAUGAGAUCCACUGGGAGGUGUCAAAGCACCUGGGCCGGGUCUGGUUCCCAGACAUGAUGCCGACCUGGUAAAGUGAAGCCAAAGAGGCACACAGAGUUCAUUCAGUACGUCAAGUUUGUGGUGUGGAACAUUCAUGGCCUCCAUGUUUGCAUUGAAAAGCCUUUAAAUGCUCCGCUGUAGUGGAUUGUUUGGUGCCAACACGAAGAGCAUAAAGUUGCUGAACUCCUGUGUGGAGUGCAGGGUAGGGACGUAAUGUGGAACCUGACUGCUACACCAUGUUAUCACAUCAACUGCCUGUUAGCUUCGAAAUGGACUCUGGAAUCCUGCUUUUCUAAUUGGGGAGACAGAACUGGCCACGCCGGCUUCUUCACAUAGUAAACAAUCAGCACACAGAGCAGUGCAGGUGGAAAUAUUUAAACAAUGUGUUUAUAACUGCAAAUUGAGUUAUAUGGACAUUGUCGCCUGUUAUGAUAAUCUAUGUUAUGACGUGUGUGUGUGUGUGUGUAUGGGCGUGUGCGUGCAUGUACGUAUGCGAAUGUGUGUGUUUGAAUGUUUUUUAACAUUGGGGGGUAAUUUGGGUUUCGAUUAGCUGCACAAUUUCAUGUUGUUACACUACCACUUGGCCUCAUUAAAUCCUGUCUGAGAUAGCAGCUCUGUCCUCUAACAAAAUAUGGCAUUGGAGGUUUCCAAAUAGCUGCGAUGUUAUUUGUAUAUAGUAUGUGACAGAAGGCGGGGAGGGGUUGGGUCCUGCAUCUAAUUUUAAACUAAUUUAAACAUAAAGAGCAGCAGUAGUGUCGACGACAUUGCUUUUCGUCCUCGCCAGAGCUCAGUCGUGCAUCAAAAAAAAGAAAUGAUGAUUGUUUAAAUUGUUGAGGUUGGCCAGGAGAGAAACAGAAAUGUGUAUAUAGGUCUCUAUCUUUGUGAUGUGAAGGUGUACAGUGUUAAUGUCAGAGUUUUAUUUUCCUGCAUCACACAAUCAAUUGGCUUGAUAAAUUAAUUUCUCCAUUUCGUAUAAAGAAGGUUUGUGUACAGUCAUAGAUUUCGUAAGCACCUUAGAUGAAUACCAAAUGCUAGUCAGGACACACAAAGUCCCUCUGCCCUGAUGAACAAAAGGAAAUAAACUAUAUAAUGCUCCAAUUUGUUAGUUGGACCCAGAUUCUAAUAGUGAUUUACACUGUACUGGGGCUCUGUUGAAUCAGAUACCAAGGACAGUACAUUAAAGAAAUAAAGCCAAUAAGAAAAACCAGUAAUAAUUCUAUGUAAAUGUAGAUAGUGCACAGGAAUGUCUGAAUUUGGAUGUAGAUAUUGGCCAGUCUCCAACAUUAAUGAUCAGAUUGCUUCGUAAUAAUUCUAUAGACUAGUCUCUGCGGCUAUUAGCUUACAAUGCAUGCUGGGAAUGCAGAACUAACCCUUUGUAUCUCUCAGGUGCAUUAAAUCCUAUUCCCCUAAAUAGGUUUCAUUUGUAUCUUCUGCUAUUUGCCUGUUCAAGCUCUAAACCCGUUGUGAAUAUCUGCCCUCCUGUAAGCCCACGUUUGCUCUGUAUCGCGUCGCCACACCGUAGAUACAGGACAGGAAGCAAUACUCAUCUUGUCAUUACAAACACUGUCUUUGCAGAUAAUCACUAGCGCUCCUUUCCAGAACCCAAAAAAAGUCGAAAGAGAUUUGGCGAGUCAGAUGAGUGAAACAAACUUUUUUUCCUUUAAGAAGGAAGUCAAAUGCAUCUGUAUAUAAAACGCUGUGUGUUUGAUUAUUAUGAAUAGAAAUGUAAUUAUUUCUUUAUUUCGCCCUCUGUCGGGGUUUGAAGUUUCCUUAACCAACAGCUUGUGUCUUUUAUAAAACCAGAGUGCGAGUUAUCCUUUACUAGAUGGGUCUUUUUCAUACCGUAGUCACUAGAGAAGAUAAGCUGUGUAAUUUAUUGAUAUGGAUACUGCUUUUGUAAUGAAUUUGUGUUUUUCAGUUAUACAAAAGAAGCAAUCAUUAUAACCAGCAAGCAGACCAGCAGCAAGAUAACGGUUUAUUUGGUUUUGACACUUCCAGCUCUGUCACUAUGGUGUUGUUGCACGCUGGUUGUCCAGAAGUUUUUAGUAGUUUGAAUCCAAAACUAAACAGGGCAACACCUAAAGUUACAUUCCAGUUGGCAAAUCAAUCACUGUUCUGCAGACGAACACCAUCCUUUUUUCUGUCUUAAAACUGUGUGAAAGAUGAUCCGUAUUCCAGCAGGACAAUGGCAUUAAAAACACAACACACUACACCUGCUUGAAUUUCAGGAAGGGAAAGUUUUGCUGAUUCAGAUGUUCUUCUCCCUGCAGUCACCAGAUCUGAAUCCUACUGAUCUUCUUUAUGACAUUUUUUAAAAGGAUCAUGUAAAAGUUAAUUUAACAUCAGAAGACACUUCACUGGAAUCAAAAAUUCAAUUCAGUUCAAUUUUAUUUGUAUUUGUAAAAAUGUACAGAUAUGGGUCAAAGGUCAACCAAAAUUCCAAUCAAACAAACCUUUUGACUUGUGGCAGUAUAUGCCAUUAAAAGCUACAUAUUUGUACUUAAUAAAUCCUUUGACAAAAUGUCUUUUCAUAAAAAGUUAUUAUUAAAAACUGUUGGACAACACUGCGUGACAAUAAGAGCUGUAGAUUUAGAUUUCAGACUUUCACCUUUCAGAUUGCUUUUAUUCAUGUGGUCUUAGACAUUUCAUGUAGCCAAAUGGUGAUGAAGACUAAAACUGACUUAUUGCAGGAAGUGCAACCGCUUAUUAUUAUUAUCAUUAUUAUUGUUGGAUUGAGCUAACAGUCUAUUGAAUGGUCUCUUAUCACUGAGGUAGAUAUCUGUGCUGAUUGUCUGUGCUCAUGUACCUUAGCAUCUCAGUGGUACGGUAACAUAUCUCCUGAUUAUUUUUCAUCAUUUGUGCAGUGCAUUAAACGGUGGCAGUGACAGUAGCUCUAAAGUGAAGGUUGUGUCUCAAUACUCUACUGGUUUUAACCGUUUUCCUGUUGUCUUUAUUGGGAAAUUCAGCUGGAUGAGUUAAAAUAUGUUUCACUUAAACAUAGCUAUUUUAAGCUCAUUUGUUUAGAGUCCUCCGGUGAGUUCUGUUUGCAGUAAACUGGUGUUGACAAUACUGUCCUUUUAGUUUUGCUUCUGUAUGGCAAAUGCUUUGUCUACUUUGCUUUACUGGUCACCUGUCUUGAAAUUAAAAUGAUUGUUUUAGACAUGUGAUCUUAUACUGGUAAUAAACAUUUGUGAAUGUA